AUGCCCCUGGCCGAAAACCGGUAUUCCCGACCGCUUGAUCUCGACGAUCUCGACGCCCGCCUCCAAAAAGCAUUAUCCGGCGGCCCCAACGCCCUACCACGAGCAUCUCAACCACUACCAUCUCGAUCACGAUCACCGACCCUAGGGGGAGUAGAGCUCGCAGAAUGUGGUCUACAGUUGGGGAGAAUGGAGGAGGCGGACGCAUACGACCAACUCGUUAAGGAUGGCGGCCGCCCGCUUUACCCAAUCGAACUCCUCAACGACAUUUCCGCGUCCUUCCCAAGGGGCCCAAUCCGGGGCCCGAUGGGCGACCUAUACUACGUCACCGGAAACCCCGACAAGUACCAGGAGCUGUUGCGGCCCUGGCUAGACGACAUUGCGACGGGCGGUUAUUUUAAUUGGUGGUGGGGCGGAACGAGGAUACAUUACCCCUGGGGGGUAUUCCAAAAGCAGUGGAAGAGAUGGACCAUGUUCCGCAGAUGGCAGAGGGACAAUCGCGAUUUGAAAGAGGACGACGACGGCGGCUUUCCAGCAUACCUUAAGGCGGAGAAGCGUUACAUAAAACGCGAGUACAGCGAACGUGUCGCAGCAGAGAAGCUGGCCGAGCUCGAGGCCGACCCGUCACGGCUCAAACAGCGCUGGGAGGAAUACGUGCAAGAGGACCGCCGUUGGCAGCGACACUACUGCUAUGAAUCGGGCGUUACCGGAAACGCAUUUUCCGACUAUGUUGACGCGGUCAAACGCCGCCUGGCCCGACACGGCUUCACUUGCUCCUUUGAGUUGAGCCAAGACCCGAAACAACAGGGCAAGCUCGAGACAUGGAUCGAGUACUUCUGCUUUGAGUACUGGUGGCUCGAUCUGUUUACGCGUGCCAUCGAGCGCCGGCAGCAACAACGCGACGAGGUGUGGCAGAAGCUCGAAGACACGGGGAUGCUGCAGUCAUUCGAGACCGCAAAAUAUAUCAAGACUUACGAGUAUACGAUGCGACACGAGGCCGAAGAGGACAUGGCCAGAGCAGCGCUAGAGAGAUCGCAACAAAAUGCCAAGCGAAUCUACAUCGAGACUCAGCUAGAUCAACGCCGUCUGAGCAUCCCCAAGCCGGAACGUAUACGGAGGUUGCAACAAGGCAACCGAGAGAUGCUGGCUGCCGAGAGACGGCUGGAGGGGCUCAAGAAGCGGAGUGCUCUUAUUAAAGAGUUCAAACUUUCAUCAGACCGCUUGAAAGAUGCAAAGAGGGACGCAGCGCGCCAUCGCAUCCUCCUUCCGUGGAUCUUGGACCAGAUUCCUUUGAUCGAGGCCGAGUUGAGCCGAAGCGAAGAUGCCGGCGGACUCGACGGGACCAGGGCGAGCAAGACGAUCAAGAGAAGGCUUGACGACUCUGAUGGUGACGACAGCCCACGCCAAACGAGCAUCGAAAAGCGGAGGAGGCUCAGCCCACGUCCGAGCAACAGCACGGUCGUCCUUGACAGCGAAAUCCAGCAGAAGGAGCCGGUCCCCUCGAUAGUCGGCGGCAUUGAAGAGACUCUGCCUCCAGAGGAACAGCGGUGCUCACGGACCCGUGAGCCUCCGGCCGGGCACUCGCGUCGAACUCGAGCUGCCCGUGAAGCCGCGUCGCGAGUACAAGUCCGCCAUCACUGUCGGCGAAAGCCGCUGGCGCUUACGAGCUCGUGUCCACACAAUGUUAGUAAAGGAUAUCCAGCCAAAGUUGGCCGCAAAUUACACGUAGCAGAUGACAAGAACGCCUUUUUAACUCGCGCAGGUGCAGUUUGCUACGUGCAACUUUACCUGGUGCAAUUAUCCGCUGCUGACUAA